CCCCAAGGACCACGCACUCUGCAGAGAGCCAGAGCCAUGCGUGUGGCCAUCAUCGGGGCCGGCGUCAUCGGCCUCUCCACCGCCCUGUGCAUCCAUGAGCAGUACCACAGCCUGGUGCCCUCCCUGGAGCUGGAGGUCUACGCAGACCACUACACGCCCCACACCACCAGCGACGGGGCGGCCGGCUUGUGGCAGCCCUACCUGAGCGACCACGGCAACCUGCAGGAGACGCUCUGGAAUAAAGAGACGUUCGAUUACCUCCUCGGGCACCUGGGCUCACCGGCAGCGAAGGAAAUGGGACUUUUCCUAAUUUCUGGCUACAACCUGUUUACGCAGCCGGUGCCGGACCCAUCUUGGAAGAACAUUGUCCUGGGAUUCAGGAACUUGACACCAAAAGAGCUUGAGCUCUUCCCUGGCUACAGCUACGGCUGGUUCAACACGGCGCUGAUUCUGGAGUGCAGGAGCUAUCUGCCAUGGCUCAGCACCCGGUUAACGCAGAGAGGAGUGAAGUUUUUCCAUAAGAAGGUUGAAUCCUUCCAGGAGAUGUUUGCCCAGGGCGUGGAUGUUGUCAUCAACUGCACCGGGGUGCGUGCGGGGGAGCUGCAGCCCGACCCGGAGCUACAGCCCGGCCGUGGGCAGGUCAUAAAGGUCCUGGCCCCGUGGGUGAAGCAUUUCAUCAUCACUCAUGACAUCACAUCUGGUAUCUACAACUCGCCGUACGUCAUACCAGGGAGCGAGUUCACGGUCUUGGGAGGCAUCUACCAGCACGGCAACUGGAGCGAAGAAAACAGCGCCCAGGAUCACAAAACCAUCUGGGAGAGCUGCUGCAGGCUGCUCCCCACGCUCCAGGUGAUACACAACUACGGCCACGGUGGGUUUGGGAUCACCAUCCACUGGGGCUGCGCCAUGGCAGCAGCCAGGCUCUUUGGGAGCAUCCUCCAGGAGAAGAAGCUGGCCGGCCCACCACAGCCCCGCUUGUGA